UGGCCAGUCCCCGCAGUCAUUCGCAUCAGCGUCCAGAGUGUAAUAAGACCAGACCGGUUAACAUUCGUAUUAAAGUGCCUUAAUAUCGUAAAAGUUGAAUAAGGAACCCAGCAAAGUUUCAUUCUCUUCUCAACAGAACAAGUUCUCCUAAAAAAUGGGUGUCAACUGGAUUUGCGCCCUUUUUUGCCUCCUAGCGAUAGCGAAUAUUGCCAUCGAGGCGACAGCUUCGAAGCCCGAAGCAUCAAUUAGAGAACGGCGAAGUCUCAACGAGUUGGACUCGGAAGCUGCUUCGAUGGUCAGGAAGAAACGGGGAUUUGCUUACACCAGUACUUCGAGCAAUUUAGGAACCGGUGGAGGAACAUCCCAGACCGUAACCAGCGGAGGCGGUACAGCGGUUGUUUCGAGCAGCUCUUCCGGUAACCCUUCAGCAGGAGGCUACUCUUACACGACAAGAUCUGAUCCUGAUAAUCCAGGACAGGUUAUAUACACGUACACAGAUUCUUCUGGAAAACAAGUUACCGGCCGUGCUCCAGCUGAAAGCAUACAGUCCAACGUUGGUGGUUUACCUUUUUCUCCUUAUCAGAAUCAAAUUCCUAAUUUUGCGUUUAACUUGCAAGCUUUCGUUCAGGAAUAUAUCCAAAGCAUUCAAGCUCAGCAGCAGGCUAUCCAAGCUCAGAUCCAGAGUUUCUUGCCAAAGUUCGGCGGUAUGAAUAAUUUCCCGGGAUUUGGAGUACCAAAUUUUCUCCCAAAUAAUUUUCCCUUCGGCGGUAAUAAUGAUGCCUCCCGCAAUGGCAUGAACCACGGACCCAAUCCCGACGGUGGGGUUGUCUUUACCUCGACCACUGGCGGCGCAGCUACUGGAACCUCGCAGACGAGUUCCGGUGGAGGUCAACCGGGAGGUAACUUCUAUUCAACCUCCUCAAACUCCUACACAUCCACGGUAAUUGGUGCUGAUGGUAAGCCUCACACUGUAAAAACAACCAGGACCGUCAUAAAUGAUAACGGAAAAAUAACAUCCAACGAGGUGACAGAUUGAUUUGGGAAGAGCAUAUUAUACGUCAAGUCUAAUAUUACACGGUAGCUUAACGUAGUAUAUAUCAUGAGUAUCGGAUAAUUAGAUACGCCUAAUGGUGCAAAUUAUUACGAAAUGUGAUAUUCAAUGUUGCUAAAUUUUUAUACCCGUGCAUAUUUGCCAGAAAAUCAAUGAUAUGA